CUUGAAGGUGGGACUAUCUUCGUCACAGACAAGAUUGGAAGCAUGUAUCCGAAAGACGGCCUUGCCACGGAACGGCAAAUUUACAUGUGCAUGGAAGACGUGGAUCGCGAAGGUACCAUUCCGCCAGGCUCGGAAAUGCGGCCACAGGGGUUUAAGAAGAGGCGCUGGGCGGAUCUGGAUGAAGCAGAGCAAGCAAUCCUGAAGCGGCGGCGAGCGGAAGAAGAGCGAUAUGGUGCUACCAUAAAUGAACUUGAUCCGGAUACUCCUGUCAUGUCACGUGAAGUAGGGAGCGAGGAUCUGGCUGGAAUGGAUAGCACUCAUUCUGCAGAGUCAACCGAGGGCGAUCGUGUUGAUGCAGAUGGGUUCAAGAUACCUGCGAAGCCUGCUAAGAGCUCUCAGAAACCAAGGCCACUUACUGUCUGCAAAAGCAACCCUGCAGUGCUUGUCUACAGCUCACAAGAAGAUCUCCCCACUCCUGACUCCACCGACAGGCGCCUGGGCGGCAGUACGCCACCUUCUGCGCAGCGCUCCCCUCGGUCGCCCGACACUGACGAAAUCAUUGCUAGCUCGCAAGGACCCCGACACGCAUUCGAGCUACUGAACAAGAAAAUUCACGGCUCUUCUAAGAGGCAAGGCAGCAGUAGGAAGAUCACUUGGUCGCCAGCCGAGGACGAUAUCCUCCGCCAGGGAAUCAGAGAAAACUGGUGUUGUAAGGAAAUCUCCGGAGCACUGUCAGGCCGUUCGGAGGGAGCUGUUCGAGCCCGAAAGAAGCUUCUCCUCGAGGCGAACAAGCUGCAUCUGCGACCCCGCCACGCCAGUAAGAAUAGUCAGACAUUGGAACUCAGCUCAAGUCCCCCGAUCGCAUCUGGAAGUACUGUGCCUCAAUCAAGUCCAUGCGAAGCUGCUGCGCUCGCGGAGCAUCAAUCGCCAGGUACAGCACCCGGCCAAGGCCCCAAACAACAAUCCGUUUGUAAAGGAUCGAUCGGCUGGAUGAAGCUACCUUCUCUGCCAAAGCCCGUGAGAAAUGUUUCGCCGCCUGUGUCUGAGCCGACCACCGAGCCUGCGAGUGAGUCAGUGAUCGAACCUGUAGUCGAGCCGGCGAUCAGGCCCCUGCCUGUGGCCGAGCGCUCCUUUGGACAGCCUGCAACUCCGCCAGAAUCCCACACAUCCGAAACGAGUACUGGAAAGCUGCGCGCACCCAGAUGCACCCUCAGCGCAGCUGCACGCCUACGCGAAUCGAGGGAACGUGUCAAAAACGCCCUGAAGAAGCCGCGAGUCCGUACAGGAGUUGAGCGUCAGACCGAUCACGUAACGGAAGUACCUCCUAUCGAAGUCAGCAUAUCUGAAGAUUCUGAGAUUCCACCGGAUCUCCCAGCUGCAUUGGACGCACCAGCGGACCACGAAGUUGCGGUCCUGCAUGGUGAUGCUGAUCAAAUUGCGGGCGGGGCGGAGCAUUCCUGUGGAGCAGACGUAUCGGAGGUGCCCAACGUGCCAGAAGGGCAUGAAGUGCUCGAAAAAGCGCAAAAGCCCCCGAUGCUUGAAAAGCAUGCACAGGCUCCGCAAACGCCAGCUGUCCCACAGGUGACCAGAGUUGAGCUGAAUCACCAAAAGCUCGAUCAGGCCGUCCCGGAAAUCACUUUGCCGCAGCGCAAGAAGAACCGUAUAUACCGCAAUCUUUCCGACAAGCAACGUUGGAAGGACGCUUUGAAUAUCGCAAAAGGCGACAGGACCAGAGCCCAGCAUAUAUUCGUUAUCGAGCUUAACAAGGAAGAUAUGCUCGAUGCAGUAGCAUCAGACGACAAGGCAGAGAUUGAGCGUCUCAAGGCCCAGCGCCGUCGCUUGGAGCGCGAGAUGGCCGUUGCAAAUGGUCUUUCUCCGCCCAAGAGGCGCGUGCCCAAUUCGUUUUCUAGUAUAGAGAGCUCCAAGAUGACAAAAGAAGAUGCAGACGAGGAGGUUAUCAGGGAUGACGACUGGACGACGGACGAGGAAGUGGCCUUGAAAGAAGACUACGAGGAUUACGAGGAGGAGAAGGAGGACGUUGUCUCCUCUGAUGGGGAGGAGUUUUGUGAUGUUGAAGCGAAACUCGAAGGUCCACGAGUUAUCGAGAUGCCAGUCACACCAUCCCCUCCGCCAGCUCCCGCCGAAAAGACGGAGGAGAAGCCCCCAAGACCAAAUCCUGCUCCUUCUUCUGCGUCGGAAAUGAGCGAUAAGCGCAGGCGGAACCGCAGAAAAUCACGCAUCAGUGAGACGACGUCCCGCCAUGAUUCCUCUUCCACGGCUGCACCACCUGCUGCACCACCCGCUGCUGCUGCACCACCCGCUGCUGCUGCAGCUGCCGCACCCACCCCGGCACCUAAGCACCGAUACCGCAACAUUAUCGAUCCGCCCAAGAGACGUCUGACCAGAGAAGAGGCCGUGGCAGCUCACUUGGCGGAGUGUAAGCGGAGAGAAGAGAUGUAUCUGCACAACGGCGAUGACGACGACGAUGAUGAUUCAAGUUCGACCAGCUCGUCGUGAUUCUUCAUAUAUUAUUAUCAUUACUAUUAUUAUUACAAAGCACAUUGUUCAUU